AUGCAAAGCUUUUUGAGUACGAGUGCCGAUCGAGCGAUGGCUCUUGCAUUUCCUGAGGCAAGUGCACCUCCUACAGCUGAAACAUCUCGUAUUGUCUUUCAGUUUAACAUUGACACUCGCCUAUCGAAUACAAAACCCUAUGCUAAUAUUAAAGGCUUGUCUUUCUUUCGAAAUGAAGAGGAGGUACUGAUAAGCUUAGGAUCAAUCUUUCGAAUUGAACAGAUGGAAUAUAACCAAGGAGAACAAACAUGGAUCGGCAUUUUGAGUCUUUGUAGCGAAGACGAUUAUGAAUUGAAGGAUUUGAUGAAACAAAUGGAAAAAGAGCUUAGUGGCGGCGGCAUUAUCGCUCUAGGCCAUCUGAUGUAUAGACAAGGUGAUUAUGAGAAAUCGAGAAAUUAUUUUCAACAGCUGUUGCUAGACCCCUCAACAAGUGACUUUGACAGAGCUGAGUGUUAUCGUGGACUUCGUGCUGUUGCAGUGGUAGUCGAAGAAUAUGAUAAAGCAAUAGAGGAGUAUGAAAACUCACUUAAAGUAUGGAAUGAACGUGGCGAUCAACAAAGGAUAGGAAAGAGUCACAUGGCAAUUGGUGAAGUUUACUAUUUCCAAAACAAGCUUGACGUAGCACUCUCCUAUGAACAGAAAGCUCUUGAUAUUCUUCUACUUUUAAAUCAUCCUCUGGUAUCCGACGUUUAUGCUGUUAUGGCUAAAAUUUAUAUGGGUAAAACUGAAUUUGAUUCUGCUAUUGAACACUACGAAAAGUCACUUGAAAUAGCUCAUCAGCAUCUUCCAGUCAAUGAGCCAAGCUUUGGAGUUACGUAUGAGAACAUAGGCACAACAUAUGGAAACAAAGGUGAUCACCAACGUGCUCUUGAAUAUUAUGCCAAAGCAAGCGCAGUUUAUCAAGUGACACUGCCACCAAAUCACCCCUUCUUCUCAGAUUUGAAGAACAACAUUGAUGCAGUAAAAGGAAUGCUGAAUCAAAAUUAA